CGCUGCUUGCACCAAGUGUCUCAACGCUGCGAGCGGGAUCUCUUCCAGAGGCGAGCCGCUGAAACUUGCCCAGUCUCAGUGCAGAUUCAGAGAGGAGCCAUGAAGAGCAGCAUCGGUGUCUAUAAGUAGCGCUUUUUUUUUCGUCAUCUGCUCCCCCUCCUCUCCUUCAGUGAAAAAAAAAGAAAAAAAAAAGAAAGAAAAAAGCCACUCUGUCAGUGUUGUCCCUCUUGGUCACUCAAUCUUUUUUUCCCCCCACGCUUCUUCUCCUUGUUUGUUGCUGCUGCUUCAGGAGUUGAGAGUGCGCAGAUGAGCCGCUCAGUGGCGUUGAUGACUUGAGCGCAGCGCAACACCUUGCGUGCCAUGGAAGAGUGCGUCCGGUGCGGGGGACCGUGCGGGCUGCGGGGGGGACCUGCCGCUUGAUAGCCAGCCUCUCUCUCUCUCUCUCUCUCUCUCCCUCUCCCUCUCUCUCCCCGUCUCUGCGUGUGUGUCCCAGAUUAGGAGAGCAUGCCUCAGACCUGAGAGAGGAGUUCCAACCAGACUUUCUUUCCACAAUCUGACAUUUAUUAUUUUGAUUUUUGCUUCAAAUCAUUUUUUUUAAUCCAAUGCAACUGACUUCAUUUUUGCUUUUUUUUUUCCGGCUUCACUGCUUUUCAAGAAAGGCAAGAAGAUCAAUGAUGAGCAUCUCKGAGACGAGUUGGCUUGGACUUUUCUAAUCAGCACUUCUUUGUCACAGCACUAACCUGCCACUAAUCAUCAGUCCCCAGCACCAUGGCAUGCUCCCUGUGGAAACUACAGACAUUUWGCUGGUUUCUCAUCACUCUAACCCAAGUGCAAUCCACCGAGGGGUUUAGCCGGGCUGCCCUGCCAUUUGGCUUAGUGCGGAGAGAGCUGUCUUGUGAAGGCUACCCCAUUGAUCUUCGGUGUCCAGGAAGUGAUGUCAUAAUGAUAGAAAGUGCCAACUACGGCCGAACAGACGACAAGAUUUGCGAUGCUGACCCCUUCCAGAUGGAGAACAUCAACUGCUAUCUUCCAGAUGCCUACAAGAUCAUGUCACAAAGAUGCAACAAUCGGACGCAGUGCAUUGUGAUCACAGGUUCAGAUGUCUUCCCUGACCCCUGCCCAGGGACCUACAAGUACCUGGAGGUCCAGUAUGAGUGUGUGCCCUACAGUCCAUGCCCAAGCAGAAUAGGACCAAGAACACAGAAUGUAUCCUAUCACAACUGCCCUGAAGUGGAGCAAAAAGUUUUUAUUUGUCCUGGGACUCUGAAAGCUGUCGGUGAGCCGUCCUUUCUAUUUGAAGCGGAGCAACAAGCCGGGGCCUGGUGCAAAGACCCACUUCAAGCYGGUGACAAAAUCUACUUCAUGCCUUGGACCCCUUAUAGGACCGACACUUUGAUUGAGUAUUCCUCCCUGGAUGAUGUCAAAAACGCCCGGCAGACCAUUACGUACAAGCUGCCACACCGGGUGGACGGAACUGGAUUUGUGGUCUAUGACGGGGCUGUGUUUUUCAACAAGGAGCGGACACGUAACAUUGUGAAAUUYGACCUGCGGACUCGAAUCAAAAGUGGCGAGGCCAUCAUCAAUAACGCAAACUAUCAUGACACGUCACCCUACAAGUGGGGAGGUAAAACAGACAUCGACUUGGGGGUGGAUGAGACCGGGCUUUGGGUGAUCUAUGCCACAGAGCAAAACAACGGCAUGAUGGUAAUCAGCCAGUUAAAUCCAUACACRCUACGAUUUGAGGCGACUUGGGAAACGACCUAUGAUAAGCGCUCAGCCUCUAAUGCCUUCAUGGUUUGUGGAGUUCUCUAUGUUGUCCGCUCCACCUAUGAAGACAAUGAAAGUGAGGUCAGCAAGAGCCUGAUAGAUUAUAUUUACAAUACUAAACUGAACCGUGGGGAGUAUGUUGAUAUCCACUUUCCCAACCAGUACCAAUACAUUGCAGCCGUGGAUUAUAAUCCCAGAGAUAACCAGCUCUAUGUGUGGGAUAACUUUUACGUCUUGAGAUACAACUUGGAAUUUGACCCACCAGAUUCAGCACGUGAACCGCCACUGUCGGAAGCCACUGCAUCCACACAGCCUCAGAGAACUACAACCGUCACUACAACAACCACAGCACACUGGGGUGCAGCCAAUACGACAACCACAACAGUGCUUAAGGAGGGCAGCAGGAGAGCGCCCAGGCCACCUCCUGUAAUUCCACAGACAACGUCUCCUCCUCCCCUGGAGUCCUUCCCCUUACCCGAGCGCUUCUGCAAAGCCACUGAGAAAAGAGACAUAACGUGGCCUCAGACCCAGAGGGGCUUGCUUGUGGAGCGACCUUGUCCCAAAGGAACCCGAGGCACAGCUUCUUAUUUAUGUGUUCCUUCCACUGGGGAAUGGCAUCCAAAAGGGCCUGAUCUUAGCAACUGUACCUCCCACUGGGUUAACCAAGUAGCCCAGAAGAUCCGAAGCGGCGAAAACGCAGCGAACUUGGCCAACGAGUUAGCCAAGCACACCAAAGGCCCAAUCUUUGCCGGAGACAUUACCUCCACAGUGCGCCUGAUGGAGCAGUUGGUGGAUAUCCUCGAUGCUCAGCUGCAGGAGCUUAGACCCAGCGAGAAGGAUUCUGCAGGACGGAGCUUCAAUAAG